CAUUCAACUCACAAACGGAUCAGUCCCCUUCUGGCUGUGAGUAGAUGAUGACCUGAUUUAAUUGGCAAGUAGUUCAGAGGCAUCGAAAUGACACGGAUCAUAGUUUUCGCCUUAUUGUGCGUACUCCUUACGGGAAUAGUUUUCGGAGAAGUGAGUCAAUCUUUCAAUUCGGUUAAUAUCACAACUGUUGACCCAUUGAGAUAUCAUGCUCUACAAUUGUUCAACAACGAUCAUACUAGCAGGAAACGCCUAGCUAUAAGAAAAUGUUAUUCUUAUAACUUCAUUUACCCGUUGAAAAUCUUUUCCACUGAGGAACCUUACUUCUGUGCGGCAGUUUUCAUCAGUCAGGAUUCCCUUCUGACGACGGCUUUGUGCAUGAAAAUGAUGCAGCAUAGCGAUGAGCACCCCUCGAACCACAUGUUCGCCAUGGUUGAUCGUGAGGAGGUUUUCUUCUAUGAGCAUGGACGGCGCUACGUCAGCAAAGUAUUUUACCAUCCAAAGUUUGAAGAUGAGCCAGCCUAUUACAACGUGGCAGUCGUUAAGUUGCGGAACUCUGUAUACGAUCGAGACACCACCGGACGAAGCCACGUGGCAUGUCUUUAUCCAAACAAGCACAUGAAGAAUUCGAAGGCCAUACUCGGCGAAUGGUUCGAGUUUCAACCGGAACAGAAUCCAUCCUUCCGUUGGCUGGAUUUGCCGUUCGUCACUCGGAAGGAAUGCAACGCCGAGCUGGCAAAGAUGAAGCGACCCGUUCCGGAAUUGACUCGUGGCCUGCUGGAGUCGCAGCUUUGUGUGCGAGAUUCUCACAAUGCAUCCCUCACCCGGUUCUGUGAUCCACGUUCAUCGGGGCCGCUGUUGAUGACUCUGGGAAGCACUGUCUACGUGGUCGGUCUCCCUACGGUGCACAUCGAUGACUGCACGGUGGACAUUGAGGUGUUCAAUCGAGUUUCCCAAUUUUUGGAUUGGAUUGAAUCGGUGGUGUGGCCCGGACAGGAAUAGAACAGUGAUUCCUUCCCCUCAUUAAAAUUGAAUAAAAUUUUGCCUUCCGUAGGAAUA